AUGGCUGCCGAAGGUCAUACUCAUGCCACUCUACCUUUUGAACCCAUUGUCAAGCUCCACACGAUCACGGGGGACAAUGGAUCCAUUGAGCCUCAGAUUGAGGCGAAGAUGGAAAAAGGGUUCUUCUACUCCUCAGAUAAGUGCUGGACAUGCUACCGCCGAAACUACUUUUCGGUUCAGUGCUCCUUCUCGUUCCACCCACACACUCCCCAUGGCAGUUUAUUUCUGAGUCGUGAGGGGAAGUCGCCGCAACGUAUCCAGGCGACGGCGAUGUCUCUGUCUGCUACAGCCGAUGGCACUGAUGGCAAGAAAAUCGAACUCGUGCAACACACUCCGAAGCGAGACAAAGGUCCGCAAAACCCAGUGGGAAAGAUCAAGGUGGCUCCUACUCCGCCUGGCCGACAGCACGCGCACGAGCAUUACCACAUGCCUCCUCACCAUUACGCGAGUACGCAGAUGGCACCUUUUAGUCUGCCGUUCCAAACUCAUAGCCUCCAACCGUCCACUCUUCCGCCUUCUACUCGCAGCGAUCCUCCCUGCCAGCACACCUUUGAGCGAAUCCAGUUCAAGAGCGCCACGGCAAACAAUGGCAAACGCCGUGCACAGCAACAAUAUUACCAUCUGAUUGUUGAGCUGUAUGUGGACGUGCGGAAUUCCCACGAUUCGGAGCCAACAUGGGUCAAAGUGGCGCAAAGGGCUUCUGCAUCGGUCGUUGUUCGUGGCCGGAGCCCGUCGCACUAUCAAAAUGAAGGUCCGCAAUCCCAAGGCUCCGGACGUGGCGGUGCUCCAGGCAUGGGAGGAGGUUUAGGUGGGCAUCAUCACCAUGGUUCUAUGAACGGCUUGCAAGGUCGGUCAAUGGGUGGUAUGGAUUUCACGUCCCGAUCUUCCAAUAUGAUGGGUGGCUACAAAGGGACGCAAUACUAUGUGGACACGAGCCCUGGUGGAAGCCACACCGCCAGCUCUGCAUCAUCAAUUAGCGGCGUCACCAUGGAUGGACUCGUGGAGCAGACUCAUGCACACCACCCUCACCACUCUGCCGCUGCGAUGCUUGCAGAGGACGAGGAGAUGAAGGGAAAGAUUGACCAGGGGGAACGGUAUCUAUACUUCCCCAGCACGUUGUACGAAACGGGGCUGCCAAGCGUGCAGAAGUACGAAUAUGACGGCGCGAAUGGUGGGGCUACGUCGGGUCCGCCGAAAGAAGAGGCAGACCAUGCGAUGCCGACCGCACACUCUCAUGCGGUUGCGUCUGGAGGAUCGGCAUGGUCGAUGCGCUCCGGCGGCAAGUUUCAGCCGACCGAGACCAGUCGUGGGUACUAUCCGGACCUGAACGCGACCGGCUAUUAG